AUGGCUCUGGGUGCUUUCGAUUAUGUUGUGCUCACGGUCACGUUGCUCUCGUCCGCCGCGAUCGGGGUGUAUUACCGGCUCACUGGUGGCAAACAGCAAACGACACAGGAAUACAUGCUGGGAGACAAGAAAUUGUCAAUUAUACCUGUGGGGUUUUCGUUAAUGGCCAGUUUCAUGUGUGCUACAGCCAUGUUCGGGUUAAGCUCCGAAAACUAUUUGAGAGGAACACAAUUUAUGGUCAUUAAUGCAUCCAAUAUUAUCGGCACACCUAUUGUCGCCUAUGUGUUCCUACCAGUAUUCUAUAAACUCGGAUAUUUAUCCGUCUACCAGUAUUUGGAAGAGCGUUUCGGCAAGUCGACCAGAAUCUUAGCGUCUGUGGCUUUCAGCAUUCAGACGGUGCUGAGGACUGCACUGGUACUGUACGCGGCCUCGCUGGCUCUGAACGCUAUCGCUGGCUUUUCGCAGACAGCGUCCAUGACGGUCGUCGGCAUUUUGUGCACGUUUUACUCGACCGUCGGCGGCAUCAAAGCCGUAAUCGUCACCGAUUUGUUUCAGUCCUUGCUCAUGUUUGGAUCCGUUUUCACCGUCAUCGCGGUGGCAGCGGCUGAAGUCGGCGGACUGUCAGGGAUCUGGAGGAUCGCUUACGAUUACGGUCGCGUAGAACUGUUCAACUUUCAGAUCGACCCGACGGUCAGGCACAGCUGGUGGUCAUUGAUGCUGGGUGGAAUGUUCACGUACGUCUCGGUGUACGGUGUCAACCAGGUGCAGGUUCAACGUUACCUGACCAUGAAGAACUACGGUACCGCGGUCAGGACCCUGUGGUUCUGUUGGCCAAUAACCGCGUUCUUGUCGCUGUCCAUGUGCUUCGCGGGCCUGGCCAUAUUCUCCAAGUACCGGGACUGUGACCCGAUCAAGGAGGGCAGAAUAACUAGUGGCGAUCAGCUGAUGGCUCUGUUCGUGCUGGACACGAUGACCCACAUACCUGGAUUAACCGGCCUGUUUUUGGCGGGUGUUUGCUCAUCCGCUCUGUGCUCCGUGUCCGCAGCCCUCAAUUCACUGGCAGCCGUCACACUUGAGGACUACGUCACGCCACUUACGAACUUCGACAUACCCGAUGGCAAACGUGUGGUGUGGCUCAAAGUGCUUGUCGUCGUCUACGGGAUUCUAUCGAUAGCUUUGGCGUUUUGUGCGCAUUUCGUGGGACCACUGCUGCAGGCAUCGAUGACGAUUUUGGGAAUUAUUGGAGGACCUAUGUUGGCGGUGUUCACUCUGGGCAUACUCAUACCGUACGCAAACCAAAAGGGUGCUUUGGUGGGUCUGGUCGCGGGCCUCGUGUUUUCGUUCGUCUUGGGACUAGGAGGACCCAAACCACCGGUGCACAAUUUGCCCACCUACACCAACGGGUGUUCGCCGGACUCGUUUCUUGACUACGGUGUAAAUGCUUCGUCUACCGCCACUCUACUACUACCAACGUCUAUGUCCACACACGAGAUUCACGAAGAAAAUUACAUGUAUUUGUAUAGGAUAAGUUACAUGUAUUACAUAGUCAUUGGUUUCGCAACUACCGUAUUAGUGGCUUUGGUGGCAAGUUUGUUCUUCGAAUCGAAUGCCAAUACUCUCGAUCCGAAAUUACUUUUUUCGGCUAAUCCAAACGGCGUAGAAAGACAAGUUGAACCGAGCCGAAAAAGACUAUCAACAGUUUCGAAAACCGUCACGUUUUCCAUUAAUUCGUGA